AUGGGUUCUAACGGGAGCCGCCGAAGGUCCCUAGACCAGGACCAGCUUCCACCAGACCACCCUCCUCCAUAUGAAAUCGCCUCUUUAACGAUACCCCCAACCACAACGAAUCACCGAUGGUCAACAGGCUCGCCAGCGCUCCAACCCCAAGCCGCCAGCCUCCUCGCCGGUCUCAGCCGCGACCCGAGAUUUACCCUCCCCAGCCCGGCCCCGGCCCCCGUGUACCAGGCCCGCCCGAUUCCCCAGCAGUUCCCCACCACGUUCAGCGUUUACAAAGACCCGUUCUCGUGGACGUUGACGAUUGGGAUUCGAAAGGACACCCCUCCGAUCUACGCCGUCAGCAGGCACCUUGCCGCGUCUGAUAAGCCUGUGCUUAUGUUACAUUCCGGCCCCGAUGCGACCUACCCCGUCAUGGCCGCCAUGGACCGGGUGCCCCUCACGCGCGACAGGCCGGUGAUGCUCCCCGCUGCCGGGGUCUCGGCAGACUACGGAAGGCGCCCCGCCGGCACCCAAUUCAAUCCAGCGGGUGGCCUCUCUAGCAGAGAGGGCGCCGAGAUUGUGGCGGCGUGGGGACCCCAUGGCCUGAGUUCGUCCAAGGCGGGCAUGUUUGAAUUCAUCGGGACUGGAGCGUCGGGCAUGCUUGGCGAGAGAUGGGCCGUCAUGGCCGUCAUCUCGGCCUUGACGAUCCUCGACGCCGAGCACCCCGCCUCUGAGCAAAGGCCUCUGAUGGGUUUCCUUCGCGCUUGCCUCUACGGGAGGGUCGCUUUUGCUCCCUUCCCGUCCUCGAACACCCUCGACGCGUUCCAUGGCGCCGCUGUACCGCCCUUCCACGGCGUGUACGACGGUCAAACUUGGCUCGCUCCCGGCGGUGACUUCGUCCACACAGAGGCAGCCGCGUUUGAUAUUGAACAAUUCCUCGAAAACGGUGACUCGGCCUCGACGGGCCAGUUCGAUUUUCUGAACGAUAUGAACAUGGACUUUGCGACUCUUACUCACUUCAACGCCCAACACCUUGACGCAUCCCCCAACCCCGCCUCUUCGCUCUCCACGCCUACCGUCAAUCUGCUAGAUUUCACCCCUAGCCCUCUUGCUGCGUCGCCUACUUCGACCUCAUCCACGCCCUCCACCGGCUCUCACACCAAGAGAACCGCAACCAGCUCUCGUGGUCCGGCGGAGGAUGACGACGUCGCUGUUAAGCGCCAACGCAACACCCUCGCCGCCCGCAAGUACCGCCAAAAACGGCUGGACCGCAUCAAGGAGCUCGAGGACGCUUUGGACGACGUGAAACGGGAAAGGGACGAACUACGCCUCAAACUCGCUCGCCAAGAGGCCCAGACCGAGGCCCUGCAGUCAAUGCUCAAGUUGAAGGGUGACAAGUAG